UUCUAGAAAUUUUGAAAUCUGGAUCGCGGAUCGCAGUACUGUCAAUAAAUAUUGAACGUGUAGCAUAUUUCGUUCCCGAUACGUCAAUACGUGUGUAUUUCAAAAAAAAGUGGAGAUUUAAAUGUUAAAGGCGAACCGUUAAUUAUUGGAUUAAUUAUUUAUUUGGCAGUGGUAAUUUUUAAUAAUGUCGGACGACGAAAGCGCACAUAUCCAGCCGGCGGUGUUGGGAUUAACGAAUGACCAAAGGUGUUUGAAGGAGUUUAUCCUACAAUUGGAAAGUAUGCCGGAAUUGUGGGAUCCUUCGUCCAAAAGCUACAUGAAUAAAAUAAAAAGAACGGCCAGACAUGAGAAAUUAUUACUAAUCUUAAAAAAAAUUAAUGAUAACGCCACUGUAGGUGAUGUCCGAAAAAAAAUAAAUUCUUUACGAUCAAAUUAUCGCAAGGAAUUCAAAAAAAUUAUUGACUCCAAGCGCUCCGGAGCUGGUACAGAAGACGUUUAUAUUCCAAAGUCUUGGAUAUUUAACGCUCUUCACUUUUUAAAUAAAAAUGAGAAGCCUGUUGACCUGAACCAGGUAGAAUCGCAAAAUGUGGACGAAUUGGUGCAAGUUGAGGAGCAGACAAAUAGAGAGGACUUAUCUAACACUUCCUUUUCAUCUAUUAGCGAGUUGGCUCCUCCUCGGAAAAACAAAAAAAAUUGUGCAGUGGGUAAACAAAACGAGCUAAUUGAAAAGGCAUGUUCCCUAUUGUCUGCACCCCAAAGUUCUACAAACAUAAACGCAACGGCAUUAUACUGGAGUGAAAAAUUAGAGCAUCUAAAUCCAACGCAGCGUAUGCUAGCUGUAAAUUGAAUUAGUGAUAUUUUAUUUG